CCUUCUUUCUUCGUUCGGCGCGAGAAAAAGGGGGGCUAUCUACACGCGAACACCGCUGCGCCGUUAAGGGACCGUGUCCUCGAGUCGAACUGUCAAAGCGAAAGGAUUUCUCGGUUGAAACCGCGGCACCGGGUUUCGGUGGAGACUAACGCCGGCGGGAAUCUCCUUAAUAUUGUUGUUUUUGUUGUUAUCGAGACGUUCGCCCUUGCUCGCUUCUCACCGAACGGCGCCAACGCCGAUCUCUCCUCUCAACGACUCUCUGCUUGAUCGUCGAGCAGAGCGUAGCUGACGCCACAGCAUCAGCAGCUGCAGCUGCAGUAAAUAGUCAAUCGUCGUACUCAUGAAUUGACGAGGACGGCAGACGGCACGCGCGCGCGCGCGUCGGUGCCGCUCCGGCGCGAUCUGCAGGGCGAGGGGGAGGCGGGCGGUGGACGCGGAGCGACAAGCAGCGGAGAGGAGACGGCGCGAGGCGAUCGAGGACGCGUGUCAGGGCGAGAUCAUGGAGGUGUUCAAGGUUCAGCCCAUGGACGAUGACUCUCCGGUCCACCUCGGCGGCAACAACAUAAACAACAACGCCAGCCAGGGCUGCGUGGACGCCGCGGUGUGGCUGGCCGAGAGGGUCGGCCUCAACCUUUCGGUGACCAACGCGAGCUCCAUCCAGCAACCGCUCUCCGCCAUGCCCAUCAUCAUCACGACCGUCUACUCGAUCGUGUGCGUGCUCGGCGUGUCCGGUAACCUGCUCGUGAUGUUCGUCAUCCUGCGGUACACCAAGAUGAAGACCGCUACCAACAUCUACAUCUUCAACCUGGCGCUGGCAGACGCCCUCGCCACCAGCACCAUGCCCUUCCAGAGCACCAACUACAUGCUGGACACGUGGCCCUUCGGCCAGAUCCUGUGCAAGCUCGUCAUCUCCAUCGACUACUACAACAUGUUCACCAGCAUCCUGACGCUCACCAUGAUGAGCGUGGACCGCUACAUCGCCGUGUGCCACCCGGUCAGGGCCCUGGACUUCCGCACGCCGCGCAACGCCAAGCUCAUCAACGUGUGCAUCUGGCUGCUCUCCUCCACCGUGGGGCUGCCGGUCAUCAUCAUGGCGGGCACGCAGUACAACAAGAAAGGCGACCUCGACUGCGUCGUCCAGUUCCCGCGCCCGCACUGGUACUGGGACAACCUGCUGAAGAUCUGCGUGUUCGUCUUCGCCUACAUCGUGCCCGUGUGCAUCAUCACCGUGUGCUACGGCCUCAUGAUCCUGCGGCUGCGCAGCGUGCGGAUGCUGUCGGGCUCCAAGGAGAAGGACCGCAACCUGCGCCGCAUCACGCGCAUGGUGCUCAUCGUCGUGGCCGUCUUCAUCGUGUGCUGGACGCCCAUCCACAUCUACGUGAUCCUGCGUGCGCUCGUGUCCAUCGCGGACUCGCCGACGGUGCGCGCCAGCUGGCACUUCUGCAUCGCGCUCGGCUACGCCAACAGCUGCCUCAACCCCGUGCUCUACGCCUUCCUCGACGAGAACUUCAAGCGCUGCUUCCGCGAGUUCUGCUCCGUGCCGCCGCUGUGCAAGCUCAAGAUCGGCACCACGACGCGCGUCAUGAGCCUGGCGCGCCGCCAGCCGCCGUCCCCGCAGGAGGAGCAGAGCACGGCGCAGACCUGACUAGUCGUGGAGCUGUCCCCCCUGCCGGCAGGGCCGGAGCGGCCUGGGCCCGGCGUUCCCGGCCCCGGGGCGGUGCCCUCGAGUGCCAGCGGCGGUGGUGGUGAUGGUGGCGGGGCUGCCCGGAGCGCACAGGGGCAGCGUCACUCCGCUUGCGUGCUCUAACGUGGCGUGCUUUCAUUGCUUUCAGUUGUGCUGUGGCCGUCAGAACGUGAGAUCAAGAAACCGUUCAGAUCUCUGGCGGAGCGGCGAGAUCCUCCGUGUUGGGAAAUGGCCCCGCGGAAGCAGAUAUCACGGAAAUUUCUCUGAGAUCCGUUCGAGCUGACCUCUGGUUCACGUGUUAGAGGGUCGGCACUUUCGCGCCCACGCUGCAAAUGACUGUAACGAUCAUCGCGUGACAAGAAGAUGUCUUUCUUUCUUUCUGUGGUAUCAAAAUUUUACGAGCGAGUUGUCAGUGACCCGGCUGAGACCAUCAACUCACUAGAACCUUGAGAACCCGGUCUAAUGACGGCGUCUGCAAACCUGGAUUUAAAUCUAGAAUCUAAUCGGAUACCAGCUCAGUGGCUCUCACCUAAGAACCAUCCCAGCACCUCCCUUCCUCUCCUCUCUUUUUAAAUCUUUCACCACUUGUCUCCCUCGGCUUUGCCCUCCCCCCCCCCCCCCUCCACAAUUCAUCAGCCAUGUAUGGAUUUUUCUUUUUACCAACAGCACAUGGGGCUGUGCUGAAGGGUCGCGCUCGCGCUAUUUACAAAAUUACGAGGGACAAAGGUGGAGAUCGCGGCGAUUGAUUUGAAAUCAGAGGCGGCUAGCGGGGUCGUGCGAUUGAGAAUUGCGAAGAGGUUAAAGGCCGGGGGGGGAGGGGGGGUCGCAAGGGAGCCUGGAGGAGGAGGAGGAGGAGGAGGACACGAAGCGGAGCUGCACAAAUUAUUCCUCCUUUUCCCAUCAGGCGAACAACGUAAUUAAUCAAAGUCUCAAACGCGGCUCCAUGACUGACGAUGCACUUCAAGAAUGGAAACAUCGCUUCGCAUAUUAACCCGCCAAUUACUUCCCCACACCCUCCUUUCAAACCGCAGUCGCGAGCUCUUUGAAAUCUCCCGCGAUCGAUAAGGGUGACGCUUCUCUCAAAGAGACCGACUCAAAUGCCGCUUCAGUUCAACGUCGAAUCCGUCACGAAUGUUUGCCACGCGCCACAAUGCCGCCGUGAGCUCCUGCUCCUGCACGGCUCUUCACGUGCGCCGCCCGCAUCGGAUCUGCCCUCUCCGCCGUUUCCCGUGACAAACGACGAGCGCUCCGAGCGAGGAACCUUCAAGAUUUGUAAGUAAGUAAAACUCGAGUUUUUACAUAUAUAUAGCGCCAUUCACACAAGGCCUCAGCGUGCUUUACAACACAAUCCGAGUAAAAAGAAAAACAACUUUUAACGUUAAAACUGAGAGAAAAACAACCCCGCCCAAGGCGGAUACGCAAGAGAAGAUUGACGUCUUUUCAGAAUCGCCCUAAAGACCUCGACUGACGGAACGCCCCCAACGGACUGCGUCAAGGCGCUCCACAAACGAGUUGAAGUGUACAACUGGCCGCGACGGCUUGGGCGUCACGUCUGACGCGAUGGGCCUGUGUUCCUGCCGUGCUUGUGACACCGCCGGUCACUCUAAAGCCAGCGAGGAAUGACCACGUGCGACGGAGUCGCCAUCCACCGCCGCAUGGCCGUCAACGGCGGUGGUGGUGGCGGUCAGGUGGACUGCCGUGGCCGCGGGUGACACGAAAUCAAUGCACGGCCGCUUUGCUUGAGCCCCGGCGAUGUCCUACCGAGUUUCCAAAGCAGCUUGAAAACAUGGGACUGUUACCAAUGGCACCCCCAUCUCGCCCCUCGGCCGCGAUCGUGAAGAUUUGACAGGGGGCACAUAGCGGCCGCCUAUCUGGAUCGCGCACACUUUUCGUUCUAGAUCUCAGAAUAAGAAACAAAUAUCGAGCGGCAAUCUGAUUCGAACGCUUUGUCAACAACGAGCACGAUCGAAGUGCCGACACGGCCCCUGCGAGCGCGCUGAGUGAGCACUGCUGACGACGAUGAUGCCGACGAUGAUGAUGAUGAUGACGGCGACGAUGAUGAUGAUGAUGACGGCGACGAUGAUGAUGAUGACGCCGAUGAUGCCGACGACGCCGAUGAUGCACGUCGUUGUGGCUGCUGCUGCUUGCGCUGGCAAUGGAGCGCGGUGAUUCCCUUUUGCCAAUUUGGCGAUGUUCGCUUUGUGAUUCACUUUUUUGUGACUUGGCUCUAACCCGACGCGCGCCAGCACGGUGGGCUGUGAGCAUCGCAGUUGAGCGAUUUGUUCGGCCGUCUUGGCCGCCUACUUAUUAAAAUUAUCACUUAAAAUCUAUAAAAAAAAAAGUAAUGGCCCUCUGUGUAGGGGGCUGUGUAUAUUUUCGCCCACCACCUGGCGCUGCCACGAGGUCGUGGUUGCACUCGCAAUCCUUCGGUCCGCCGGCUCAAUUCUAUUCCUCGGAAAUAAUGAGGCAAGUUUCUUAAUCUCCUCCGUCACCUCCGUCAACCCUACUGGUCAUCUGUGCAGAAAAGCUUUGUCGCUCAUCGGAUUCCUCUCAUCGGAUUCCUGCAGUAUAAAUAAAUAUUAUAAUACCAACAGUUAGUGGAUCGGCAAGUCUUGUCUGGUGGUGUGGUAAAGUGUGGCUGCGCACACCUCUCCUAACGACAUCUGGCCAAUGUGAAAGAGUAGGCCAAAGUAGCCUCGAGUGAGGGUGGGCCAUCCAGAGAUCCCACUGGUGGUGAGUCCCUUCCACCAGCAGCGCCAACAGCUGCACCUUCACCACUUGCUCUUUUUAAGUUUCCAAGUCGUGUAAGAGAAAAAAAAACCCAAUCGAUCUAAGUGCAUGGAAUAAAGCCAGCGGGUUUUGACGGAGGUGCUUUAAACGGAGCGAAUGAUUGGUCGCUUCGCCCCCCCCUCCCCCCCGGGAGCUGCCGCUGAUUCCUUCUGAGCGCCACGGACAGGAGGGAGGCAGCGGCCAUGAGCCAGCGACGGUGGCUCCCUCGCGACUCGUUUAGGAGAAGGAUAAAGAACACGUUACCGUGUCUUCACUGAGCAACGAUUGUUCCCAUCGGCACAGUUAUUACGAUUGUUAUUAUUAGCGAUUAGACGGAUUGAGUGUCGUCGUGUACUUUUUUAAGAGCACCCUCCUCUCGUGGUGGGAAACCGAUGAGCGUUGUAUGGUUUGUCCGACGGUCGCUGUUUGCGGUUGUGUCCUCCCGAUGUCUGUUUGAGGGUCGCUCCGCGCGUCGUUCGGCACGGUGUCCGUCGUUUCGCUCCCAUUUGCUGGGAGCUUCUUCGGGUUUGAAUAGUUGGCACUGUGGGCACUUUGAAACUUUUGGCUCCAUGCACGUCGAUCCACUGUGUCGGGCAGGACCUUGGGAUUUAAUUUGACUCCGUGAGUGGGAGUGGAUGCUGCACUCGUGCUUGAUCGCGUCUGCUCCGCAGCGUCGCGAGCAGCAAGGUUGACAUUUUCAACUGGAACAGUUUUUUUUUAUUUCCAUACGGUGAUCGCCGUUAGUCGUACUUCGCUGACCUAUGCGUUUCCGUAGAUUGAACGAGGUGCCGUGUUUUGCCGAUGCAUAACUUGCGACGGUUGCCGCUAGAGGUAAAACAUCUUAAAACUACCGAGUAGGUGUUCACGGUUGCGCCGUACGGCUCUCCACAGUGAUUUCGGGUCGCACCAUGAUGUCCGACGUUUCGUUCCACGAGCUGGCAGAUUUUUCAGACACCGAAAACACGUGGCAGAGCUGCACGGCGAAACCGUGAAAAUCCGGCGAAGUCGUCGUUACGGAAAUGCUCGUGACCUUGACGAUGCUUUGCUCUGACAGGUGGCACACUCCUGGAUAAACCUUGAGGCUGCCCAAAACACAAAAGGGCUGUUGGAACUUGGGACCAUCAGCAGGGUCACCACGAUAUCAUUUCAGCAGCAUGAUACAAUAUCUCAAUAACACGGUUUGACAACUAUCACUUUAUAAUUGUAAAUCUGAUUGAAAUGUUAUUAUUUUCGUGGUUUGCUGCACGAGUAAGAUUAUUUAAAGGUUUUCAACUGCUUUUCACUCAACAUCAGCUUUCUGUCAGUCUUUUAAAUCGAUGCCAUCUAUAAUGCUUAUAACGCACAUGCUGCCAAUAAUGCAAAAAAUGAUUGAAACACAAAUGAUGGCAUGUAACUUCCAUCCUGUCCGGUACUCUAAUUUAUAAUGGGUAAUACUAAAGAGUUUUGUUCACAAUAUUAUUUGUUGAUUUUGUUAUUGCCUUAAAUAUUUCAGCAGCAAAUUCAUUGCUUGAGACAAAUAAAAAACGCGAAGCGCAGCGUAACGGUAUUUUGUAACGACGGACGAUACGCGCGCCGUACAAUAAGCGCCUGUACAAUAAAUCAUAACGUCACCGUCGAGUGGCAAGCCUAUUAAUCAGAGGGCCCUCUCUCUCCCAACCUGCGGGACCCUUCCGCGUGCAUUUGUAGCAGCCCCACGCACCGCCGGGAUUUUUUUACAAAAAAACAAAAAAUAACCGUGGCAACGGCAAAAAUAUUUUUUUUUUACUUUUUUGGUUGCGAUGGGAAUGAAUCCACAUUCGUGUCGUUUUUAAAUACGCCACGUGUCUGCGGCCACUGCUCUACAGAUGCAGGUUACGCAAUCGCGUUGUACGAUGGUGUAAGCGUUCACUGUGAACGAGAGUGAACAUUCGCGGGCAACGUGAAGAGCGCUAAUACCCGUCCACGGCAAUGACAGUAAUAUAUAUACACACCGGGCGGGUGACAACACGCUAAAAACACGUUCACAUUUACCACUGACGCAGCAAAAUAUUCGUGGUAUAUAUCCUCACAAAUGUGAAGCGUCAGACAGUUACCGCCCUUCGUCCAUCCGCUGCUGGAUGAAGGCCAGCCCACGCAAGUGUCGCUCAUGGGAGUUGUUUCAUCACGCUGGUCAGUGAGGCUGAAGGUUGGUUGCCCAGGACCAAUUCAGAUUUUACUAACCACGGUUGGGAAUCAAACUCCGAUUUCUGGGUUCAUAAAGUAGUGCGCUAACCACGGCGUCACCACUCAUGCCCAGACUAUAAUAAAGCGGCAUUCGCGACCAGUGGAUUAUUUUUGAUGUGUGAGUAUGCUCCACUGUCGGUUUAAUUUUUUAUUAUUAUUUUUUCCAUUUAACAGAGGCAUACGUUUUUGUUAUUAAGGUUGCAUUUGUUAAAAUGCUCUGUUAUCUGCAGACAAGCUGAACCCAAGGCUCCAUCUCCUUGGCAGAUGCCCUCUUCGGACGCAUUUUAAUUCAUUAUCGGCUGCCACUCCGUUAUUCAUCUUGACCCAUCAUCCUCAUGAGCGACACGUCCUGCUCCAUCCCAUUCACGUGAUCCGUGUGUUUCCUCUUUCAAUGCACUUGAAUGCAUACUCCAAUAUAUACUGCCAUAGGAUCGUAGAAUGUGUCUACGGAUGUUGGGUUUAUUUGCGGUGGGUUGCAUAUAUUUAUAUAUGUGUCUGAGACUACCGUUCCAUGUUGAUUGCUUUUGCUAGGUAUGCACAUUUCACACGGGCGUUGAGGAUUUUGUGUGUUCUGAUGGAUGUAAAACGACUUGCAGCGCUGCCACACGCCUAUUGUUGGCCUCGUUCACUCUUGUCCUCGUGCCAAAUACCGGUCAUGUUUGUAAACAACUGACCCCGCUGUUGAUUUCCCACAAAACCAUGGUAGUAUUGAGAAAAUCUCAUCCCUGGAUCAUGGUCUUGACGUUCCGCACCCCCCCCCCCAUCCUCCCCGCCGCCCACUCGGCGCUGCUUUUUAAGUUCCGAACAAGACGUAAAAAAAUGUGUGAAAUGCGCACAGCCAUUGUGCGUAUGCACUAAAAAAAACAUCGGCAUUUCCUGAAUCCGUGCAUUGUGGUCCCCGAACGCUGCAUCACAGCAACUGUCAGUUGUUCAAAUUUGCUAAAAAUGUAUAUCGAUGGUGAUUACGAUUUUUGCGGCCUUGUUAUUAUUGUUGUUGUUUAUUGCACAUGGGACUUCCUAGUCAUUUACACAUUUGAUCGACGUGUUUUUGUUUUAAAUCAAUUCCAACACUUUCUGUAAAUGACAAGGCCAUCAUCAUCGCAGCAGCAGGCAACUGCGUGCAAGGCUGAGAUCAUUGUACGUGCAACGUGGUGGUCACGUGACAUGCAAGGACGACAUGUUGGGUGCCGUGCCUUACGGUGGCCAGAUGUUAACUACCUUGCCUGGUAUACAGGAGGUCGUAGGUUUCAACCCAGACCUGACACCUGUAUAUUUGGAGUUUUCACAUCAUAUCUCCCUGUGGUCGCGUGGAUUUUUCUCAUGGUCCUCCGGUUUUUCCCUCCACAUUUAGAAACAUGUGUUGAGAGUAUUUGGCUGCUAAAAAUUGUUCACGUGAUUAGCCACUUCACUGAGCUAUCAUAUGUGGCCAGGUCGCUUCUGAAAAAGAGCUAUACACAGCUCAGUGGACCUUACCUGGCGAAAACAAGUUUAAAUAGUUGAAUAGUUUACACUGCGAGCACACCGCCACCACGUGUCGUUAGAUCGAUUGCCAUCUUAAUCACGAUUUACAGAACGUUCCUAUUCGAGAAUUUCGAGGGUGCUGUUGUACUGUGCGGCGAAGGAAGCGGUAAAGAUGACUCGUUAUUUCAUGCUUAAGAAUACUCGUGAAUAUUUGACUGAAAAAUAAUUCCAGAAUCAAACCGCGGGCAUUUUCAUCCUCAUCUCGAUUAAGAGAAUGCUUUUGUAAAGGGGAACAGGGCAUGUAGAUAACGUGUAUGCUGAUAAACAGUUGGCAUUAACAAUAUUGGUGUUUUUUCUACUGUUGUCUAAAUAACGACAUAUGCUCAAUAUAUGAAUGUGGUUAUUGUGUCGUGAACGUCGUGCCAUUGGCGAGGCGGAUGUGAAGCCCUUCAUUGACAGCGUUGUGACGUCACGCACACGGGUCAGCCAAUGAGUGCGGCGCCUUGCGUCCGCGAGCCGAGAAGUUUCGCGGGAAGGGAACGGUGGCCUCCGAUUGGCUAGAUUUUGACAUGCUCCGCGUGAACGCUCAUCGAGGCGGCUCCUCAGACCGUUGUAAGCUUCUCGUUACGACGAUGCGCUCUGGUUGUUGUUGGUGUCCAAUUAGAAAUGCGCUCUCUGGAGCGCUCUGCCCAUUGAAGGCACCUGUGGUGUUUAACCAUCGCGGCUUGUCCUUGGCACAUUGGUGUAGCAUUUUAAAGGUAUGCUUUAAGUACCUAAUGCAUUAUAACCGAAUUAGCUAUACUUAAAGGUAUAUUUUUCGAUGUCUGUCAAAGGAAAAUAACGAUCAAAAACGACCAUCACGUGACAUAUUCGCAUGGACCAAUGAGCUGUCCACACCCAGGGGACUAUAUGUGCUUCAUCUGUCAUUUAUCUACAGAAAUUCACACAUCUGACAUUUUCACACACAUAGAAGCAUGGUCCUGUGUUUGACGCUUUUAGGUGUGUCCAGUAACCUACUUCUGGAUAGAUGCUCACGUAUCUGGCCUUGUAACAAACUCGCCUACAUCAGCCGAGUCGGAUAUGCGACGCUGUGCUGUAUUUCGCACGAACGACGCUCACAAACAGCGGCGCUUUGCUACAUGGUCGCGGAGAUGUUGGAGCCCUUCCCAGAAGAAUCGAUUCUCGAUGUCGUCUGGAGAGACGUUACGAAAUCAAUCCCUAAACGUAGUCGACUCAAAUCCUAAGAAAUAUUGCACAUCUUGCAAUCGGCCAUCCCCUGGUCCGUGCUAGGAAUGUUUAUGAUGCACUGCCAAAAUAGUAAUUUACACCGUUCAUUACUCAGCCAAAUGUGCUUUGUUCUCGCUAUAAUUGAAGGCCAGAUAUUAAUUGCCAGGAACAUGCCUAAAAACGUUGCAUAUUCAUGCAAAUUCCCCAGAUAACACGUGUACUUUUUUUUGCUCAUUUUAAUCAACAAAGUUAAGACGUAAACAUGUAUAAUACAUUAUUGAUGCAUAUUUGUCAUUUAAGCAUUCGUUAUGUAGUAGAAAGUAUAUUUCAUUUGCUAAACAAAACGUAGACAAUUGCAGAACUUGUAUGAAAAUCAAAUAUUAAUUCAAGUCUACUAUGUCGUCACCAUAUAAUAGGUACCAAUUACUAAUUUUCCUUACUUUUAAAAUUGCUCUCCAAAUUUCUAUGACACCAUUUAUCAAGCUAUAUUGGCCCACCACGCAAUAUGUAGAGAAUAUGAAAAGAAACGUCCUGAUCAAAAUGACAAUAGAUUUUAAUAAUGCAAGUUAGCAACAGGCUAGUAAUGUUUCAUCAACCAUUCCCACUUUGGUAAUUUAGUUGUUUAACAAAUUGCUCUGAUUUCUCAAUUGGCACCUUAAUUAUAUUUUUCCCGUCGGAAACGCAUUGCUUUGUUUUAUAAAGAAAAAAUAUCGUUUGUACAUAGUCAAAUAUAAAUGCAAAUGCCCUUUUUGUAAUUACUUUUAAGUUUAAUGUAAUGGAAAGAGCAUACUAUUUAUAUAUAUACAAAUUUGGGGCAUGGAAUAGUAUAAAAGUGAGUUAGCUCUUAUCGGUUAACUGGCGCUGCAACACGAUGGGGUUGGUGGCCUGCACCACACAUAACCGUCUUUGUAUCCCCAGUGGCGAUAUUUACACACCGCACCAGGUACUCUGUUGAAGCUGGGUUGACCUCGGUGAGGCCCAGGACCGGUUCAGAUAAUUGCCAUUAGGUGUUGGCGGCUGUGAGCUUGAAAUCGAACUCGGGUCGCCGGGUUCGUCGCUCAGUGGGAUAACCACGACACUACCGCUCCCCAAAGUACACACAACACAGCUGUAUUCACACGACUGUGUAGGGGUUUCGUGGUUUGUGCUGUGUAACUCUCCCCAAGUGUUGUCGGGUCGGACAUCUCGGCCGAAACAUCGUGCGGUACGACCGGAAAACAAAACACGUCGGAGAGUUUGUCCGACGUUUCGCUCCACGUGCUUAGGACCUUCAUCAGGAAAUGGACUGAGCAGCUCACGUUCUCCCAUAAUAAUAUAGCGUCGCUGGCUGCUGCUGUUGUUGGUAUCGCAGUUGGCUCCCAGAUAAACUAAAAUACAAAAAGUUAGUUAAACUUUGUUUUGUUAUUUUACAAGGUUAGGCCCACUGAGCCUUAUAGGUCUUUUUUUCAGAAGCGACCAGGCAGUCACAAAUGAGAGCUCAACGAGAUGCCUUACCACGUGGACAUUUAUAGCAGCCAAAUACUCUAAACGCACGUUGAUUCUAAUUGUGGAGGUUAAACACCAGAGGACACGGAUAAAAAUCGACGCGACCACGGGGAGAGCAAGAGAGAGACACGCAAACUCCAAAUAUACACCAGGCGUCAGGGUCGGGAUGGAACCCACGACCUCCUGUAUACCAGGCGAGGUAGUUAACAUAUCCAAGCCACCGUGGCGCCCUGAUGCAGACAGAGAGCUGAGCUGAUUAGCAUCAGGAACCAACAACAGCAGCAGCAGCGAAUACGAUAUACAGUACAUCAAGGUGGAACGUGAACUAUUCAAUUAGGUUCCUGAAGAAGCCCCCAGGACGUGGAGCGAAACGUCGGACAUCGUGCCGAACGACACGUGGUACGACCCGAAAACACGUGGGUUAGCUGGACCCGUUUUGAUAUCGGCCGUCACUUCCCCCACCGUUCCCUGCCUAUCCACAAGCCCUGUGAGUUUGCUGCGGAGAAUAACGCUACAGAAAAUACACAGGAUUAUAAUUGUUAUACUUAAGUUCCCGUGUGCCCGUAUAACCACGUUAUUGCCUGCUUGGAACAAGAUGCUGCAUCUGCCGUAUUGUGAAUGGUCAUGCUUCAAGCACAAAUGUCAACACAUUUCCUUUACGAUCUGUUGAUGAAAUGAAUUAUCGGUAGAGUUAUUAUGCAUGUGACAUUACUUUCGUGUGUGCAUAUUGGAGAUUACUUGUAUUAGAAUUGCCGCGUUUGUUAACUGUGCAUUGGCCAAGUACACAUCUAACAGAUGCCAUCUCUGCUUCGGUGUUUCACCACUGUGCUUGCGCAUUUAAGGGUUUCUGUGAAGUGGCAGAUCCAUCGUGGUGCAAAUCUGACACGCCCGCGUCCUCGGCGUGGCGUGACGGGAGAGGCGCUCAAAGGCAGAGGAGGAGAGGGAAGGUCUUGAUCCUAGUCAGCAGCUAUUGUUUGCUACCAUCCUGUAACUUCCGCCUGCCUGCAACAACGGCGUCCCCCAUUAUCUCCAAAGCCUUCCGUUCCUAGGUUCCUCCUGCCCAGUGGUGGCCUCUGAACGCAUUAAAGUCAUCUCUCCGCUGACUUUCUCGUCUCUUGUCGCCUUCUCUCAGCAUCCUCCCCGCAGUUAAUUGUGUCCAUCUCCCAGCAGCGCAGAUGAUCCAACGGAGGUCACUCCUUCUCUUCUGCUACCCCAAUCGGCCGUAUCUUCCCUCUCCCACCCCCGCAGCCAUCCAUGAUUGUCAGCUCCUGAACCUACCUCUGUUCAAGUCUAGGUUCAAGACGUCUCUUUAAAUUCCUCUGCCUGUGCCCUACCGCCUCCGUUCUUGAACCGAACGCACCCCCCCCCCCCCGCUGUUUCCGCACCGCGCGUUGAGAUGCGCUCGCGUAUCGGUGCGCGAUGGAAAUCCACACGGAGUCGCGGUUGUCGGGUGCUGAGCGCCGGCUGGGCGGACGUUAGCGUCCCGCUGGACGGUCAGAGAAGAGGGGGAGCUUCAGUAGCUCAUCGGAUUCCUGCGGUCUAAAUAAAGAUUCCCACUCACGGGGAGGAGGGGGGGGGAGCCUCGCUUGAGAUGGCGCGGCAGAGCGAGAUAACGAGGGAGCGAGAUCCGUUCGGCUGGACCAGUGAUUCUUCAAUCGUAAAAAGAAAAAAACAUUAUAUAAUGUUAAUAUACACAUAGGGUCUGAUGAAACAAAGUAGUUUUACGUACGUGCUUCGAUUAUUUACCCUCUAAAACAAAACCUGGCCACGUCUCGCACCCCCAGAAAGGGCAUCUCGCACCCCCAGGGAUCACGUGCACCCCAGGUGAAGAAACAGAAGAAGAAGCAACACCACCACCGGGCUGCACUGCGUGUGAUUGUGCAAGCCGUGAGAGCGGCUUAUGUAAGUCUCCCGAUAUUGAUACGAAAGAACAAAAAAUCAACACAUUCGUCAAUAUGUAUAACAGGGGACGAUACAUAAUCGGUGAAGUUGCGAGCAAUGAUCCCUGCUUCACGUCUCUGCUGUGAAGAAAAUCCAUUGCCUGGAACACGGCCGGUUAUUUAUCUUUCGGGAUGUUUCCCCCCUAUUAGGGCAGUGUUAUUGACGACUGUUUUGAGCUUUUUUGUGUUCUUGUGCUUCUCUUCUGAAUAUCAAGCUCAGAGACAGUCGAAGGACCUCGGGAUGUAUGUUACUGCACGUUGAACUUCUUUCGCACCGUACGUAGCCAACCGUGAUAAUUGGAGUUUGCGGGGAAAGCACAGCGAACUAAACGCUAAAAGCGGCUCUAAAGAAACGAGUUUCAAAGCUAGAAGAUUUGAAAGUGCGUAGCUCCACAGUGGCUUCCGAAUAUCGGAAGGAAGAGCGUUCCAGACGGCCGCAGAAGCGCGGCUGCAAACGCGCUGCGAUGCGGUGACCCCCCACGAUCUUUGUGCGCGAUAGGCAGCCAAAAAGAGUCGCGACGCCACUGUCUCUCAUGCACGGACGCUGGCGAAGAGUCCAGCAGUCGCAAUUCAUCGCCCCUCUGAUCGCCACCCCCCCCCCCUCUCUCUGUGUGUGUGCGACGUGAAAGAAAAAAAGAAAAACAUUUCCGUGAAGGCACCGAUGGCCCAUCGGCAAAGGCAAACGUUAAAACGCGCCCGUCUUUCACUUUCGGAGGUUGCAAAUCUUCAAAGUCGUCCGAUGGAAAAUAAGUGCUUUCACAGAUCUGCUUCAGCUGAGGGACACUUUCUAUAAUUUGUUUUGAAUUGGCUGUUCGUGGAUUUAUUGGUUGGGCGUGUGUGUGUGUAUGUGUGUGUGUGCGGGCGUUCGACACUUCACGUGGCCUCAAGGUGCACAAGCGUCAUGGUGACGUCACCGCCACUUAGUGGCGAAUGGCGGUUGUUGUUGUUGUUGUGUAUGUGUGUGCGUACACACCCACGAUCAAGCAUAGGUGUUCCAGGAAACAAACAUUCAGUGUUUUGCAACUGUUGUUGUACCUUUGGGCAUCUCUGGCAAGUGCGUUUGUCAAGAGAUGUGCACGGGCAUUCUGUUGUCGUUUGCCACGUCAAUAUAUAUUUAUAUAUUUUGGUUGAAUUGCUAAAAUGAUUCACAUUGAUCUGGAAAAAAAAACCAC